AUGCGUUUCCGGCGUUUCCAAGAGCAAAUUCUUAUUCUACAAGCUAAUUGAGGGGAUCAGAACAAAUUUCUCUGUUUCUUGAUUUCCAGCUUCUCUUGGAGAACUGAAUCAGCUUCAAUACUCAGGAAGUUGAUCAGAGGAGUUGGAAGUGAUCAGAAGCUGCAACUGAGUUUUCCAUUGAAGAUAUGGGUGGGGGAAUUCGUACAAGCGUGAAGGGUUACCUCCUUUCGCAGCGGAUCACUAUGGCUUCGGAUACAGUGCAUGAAAACGAGAGCAGCAAUCGUAGUUUCACUGCGCCCUUAGCAGCCGAAACUGCUGAUACAGAACAAGAGACGAGGAUGGACUUGGAUACAACUAACUCAUAUCGGUUCGGGAGGUUUAGUGGUGUAAUCCGUUGCUUGCCAAUAUUGAGCUUUGCUUCAAAGAGCAGGGUUUCAAAUGGAACUAGCAUCAGAGCUGAGAGCCUGCCUUACAGAGUGCCUUCAAAUCCUCGGACAGACGUUGAGAUCUUGCUAAAGAGCUUCUUUUUUAAAGAACUGAAAACUGCCACCAGGAACUUUGGGCCUGAUACUGUUGUGGGUGAAGGUGGUUUUGGUCCUGUCUUUAAGGGGUGGAUUGAUCAGAAUUCAUUGGCAGCUUCCGAGCCUGGUACAGGAAUGGCUGUUGCUAUAAAGAGGCUUAACCAAAAUAGUAUGCAGGGUCGGGAGGAAUGGUCUAAAGAAGUUUACUACCUCGGACAGUUGCGUCACCCAAAUCUUGUGAAGUUGAUAGGCUAUUGUUCAGAGGAUAACGAACUGCUUCUGGUGUAUGAAUAUGUCCCCCGUGGCAGUUUGGAGAAUAAUUUAUUUAGAAGGAGUUCUAACUUAGUUGAACCACUUUCAUGGAAUGCUCGUAUGAAGAUUGCCCUUGGUGCUGCAAAGGCUCUAACAUUUCUUCACAAUGAGGCACAACUUAUAUUUCGUGACUUCAAAUCAUCUAAUAUUCUGUUGGAUUCAACCUACAAUGUCAAACUCGCUGAUUUUGGUUUGGUCAUGGAUGGGCGAUCAAUCAGACACCCAGGUGCUAAAACAAAGGUCAUGGGAACAUAUGGAUAUGCAGCUCCAGAGUAUUUAGAAACAAGGGUCUUGGGCACAUAUGGAUAUGCAGCUCCCGAGUAUAUAGCUACAGGUCGUUUGACCACCAAAUGUGAUGUGUAUGGUUUUGGAGCUGUUAUGCUCGAAUUGUUGUCUGGAAAACGAGUUUUUGACAAGAACCGGCCACCCGGGGAACAGAACUUAGUUGAAUGGGCCAAACCUCUCCUCGUCAGAAAACACAGAGUCCUCCAAAUCUUCGAUGGUUAUAUUAAAGGCCAGUUCUCUGUGACUAGUUCUCUUAAAGCAGUUGACCUUGCCUUUCAAUGCUUAUCAAGAAAUCCCAAGCUUAGGCCAAACAUGAAAAAUGUGGUAAAAGCAUUGGAGAAGCUUCAGCAAUCCUGUGACAUGGAUGACUUGAGGAUCUCUCAAGAUAAACCUUGCCAAAAUGCACAAGCGAGUUCAAGCAAUGGUCCCAAUUAG